GCGGAAAUCGUUCGUAUUCGUAAAGCGCUGCUGCACUGUCCACAAAGGUUAUUUGCCUGCGGCCGAUGACAAUGCCUGUGGCCCUGGCCAUCCUCCGGGACUCUAUCUAUACUGGUCUUGCAUAAGAAUAGUUGGCACGGAAUCAUUUUGAUCGCGUCUGAGUGAUCCUCCGUCGCUCUGAUGCAAUACCUUCUCGAUGCCUUUGACCACCGGCCGUUGAGGUGGCCACGAGUCGUGCCGGCGUAUCGCUCUCGGCGCGAUGCUACCCGGACGCAUUAUCUUCGAGACUGUACGAAUGCAAACUCGAUAUGGCUCUGUCGUAUCGCCGGAUCCAGCGACUCUCCCUGUGGCAGAGGGGCGUGGUGGCGCUUUGAAUGACAUUAGAAGGAAGCUGUUGCCAGCGCCACCUGGGCAUGCCCUCAGGGUCAAAGAGAUGGCGAACUGAAUACGGAACCCGGAUUCGGGAUCGAUGGUGUUUACUGACCGAGCCUGGUUGGACGUGGGCGGGAUCUGGCUGUAUGUGGCGGGAUAAAGGGACGGCACCGGGAAAUGAUCCAAAGGAGCAUUCCAGGCGGGAACAAUGAAGAGACCGACCUUGACUUCCUGGACCCCACGAGGCCUCGCAGAGAACACGACAUGACCUUUGCCACAUCCUUUGAUUGCGCUCCGAACUGGCCCUCGACGUCUGUGCCAUCACGCUGACACCAAAAAGGGCGUCGACACGUUACCACGCGAACAAGCAGCAUGGCACCCAUCUUCCAGCAAAGGCACGACUACAGGGCGGAGAAGAAGAUCGAUGACAACGUCUACGUCGUCAGCCGGCUGUCCGACAAUGAGCAGUUCCUCGGCACCAAGUGGGACGCCAGCACGGUGGACCCGGCCUUCACUGGGCUGCUCGAGCGCGGCACCAAGGGGGCGCUCGGCAGCCUGCUGAACCAUCCAAAUCUGAUCAACUACACCGACACGGUGGCGGACAACGUGGUGUGCGGGCGAGGGACGGCGACGGCGGUGUCGGCGCAGCGAAUGCUCCUAUGGGACUUCUGCGAGGCUGGCACGCUGCAGAACCUGUUCAGGCACCACCAGGUGGUGCCCAGGACGGCGUCGCCCGACAGCCAGGUGGUGACGCAGUAUCUGCCAGAAGGCUUGUGCUGGCACGUGCUGCUCAGCGUGAUGAGCGCGCUCAGCUGGCUUCACGAGGGCCACCGCGACGACUCGUCGAUCGAGGGGCCGAACGGGCGACGAAGAGCGCGCGACUGGUUCUCAGACCCCGACUGGCUGCCGAUCCUGCACAGGAACAUCCAGCCCGAGUACAUCUUCUUCAAGCAUCCAAAGGGGACCGAGUCGUACGGGCUCUGUAAGCUGGGGAAUUAUAGCGCCUGCGCCGUAUCGGGCCACGUCAACAGCAACUUUAGCGGGCAAGUGAUCAGCUCUACCCGGGGUGACGAGAGGCUGGACACACUGCGCGAGAACCUGUGGGAGGACAUGUCUACCAUCGAGGCGGACAAACGGCCGUACACCAAGGCCACGGAGCUGUACCAGCUGGCGCGGAUCGUGUACAAGAUGAUGUCGACGAGGGACGUGCCGGACCCGGAAGACGACCAACAGCCGGCGUUCAAUGUACAGGCUGAGAUGGACACGCUGACUGCAUACUCGGCUGGGCUGAGGAGUAUGGUGUCAUUUUUCCUGGGCAACCACCGCGGGCUCUGUGCGCGCGCUGAGGACCUGACGUCGACACUGUACAUACAGGCGCGGAGCCUGUACCUGCAGUGGAAGCGGGAUACGCCCGACGGGAAGCUGCACCGCGACUUGCUGGAUGACGGUUGGCGGCGCCAGUUUAAUGAGGACGAGAGGAUCCGUGCCGACGAGGAGUUGCUGGCGAGCCAGGGCCAGCUGAGCUCCCACCGCUGGACCAUGGACAACCUCAACCCGCAGCCCAGGCAAGCCGUGCCUCCCGUUCCGACCCCGCCGCCUUCUUAGCCACGGGCUGAGGCAGUGGCUGGGUGGUUGAUCUCAUGUGUUGGGUUGGAAGCGGCAUUGUGGUGUGCAAACGGGUCCAAGGGAGAGAAGAGACCAAAUGACUUAGAAUACUUAGGUACCUUGUACACAAGUACAGUACGUAGCGCGCAAUGUCUCCACACUUACUUAAUAG